AUGUCCGACUACCAUGAUUUACCAUUCAAUGACAUUCUUGACUGGAAUAGUUUCUCUAUAAUUGUCAAAGAGGACAAAGUUCCCGAUCUAGAAAAGAUUCUUAAAGGCAUACCAGAAGAAAAGUUCAAGAAACUGAGUCAAAAUGUUCUUCAGGUCCAUAAGCACUUCAAGUGGAAUUCUCCUCCUGUCAAGUAUGAUGAGUUUCACAUGGUUAUGUAUGAGCUAUGGCAGCACCGCCACAUCGAGGACAAUGUUCCCAAUCUAGAGAAAAUUCUUCAAGGAAUACCAGAAGAAAAGUACAAGAAAAUGCAUCAAAAUCUCCUUCAGGUUAGAGAGCACCUCAAGUGGCAUUCUCCCCCAGUCAAGUAUGAUGAGUUUCACAUGGUUAUGUAUGAGCUAUGGAAGAAUCGCCAUAUCAUUCGGUACUGA